AGCGGAGAUGAGACGUGCGCCUGGCUACUCGUCCUCACACCGAGACAGCGACGACCACCACGACAGCUACGCAUCCGGCGACCUUUCUGCAAAGCGACUUGCAGGCUCCUUCGGCUCGGCUGGACGGGCGGCCGCCACCGAAGCGCGGAUUGGCCAGAUGCAGUCAAUGCUAAACCAGCUCAGCGGCAGUGGUCGAUCUGGCGCAUCCUCAUCCUCAUCCUCAUCCUCAUCCUCAUCAUCAUCCUUGCGUCAUGGUAAAGGGUUUUCAUCGGCAAUGGAGGACCAGGCGCCAUCGUCCGGCUCUGGCGCGUUCGCUCGCGCGCAGUCCAUUGUAGCGCGCGCGUCAUCCUCCAAGUCCUCCACAUCAUCUAGCUGGUCCAAACGCAGCGACCGUCAUGAUUAUGAUAACGACAGUUAUGAUGACGCUGCAGGCGUUGGAGAUGGUGAUCCAUCCAGCGGUGCAUCGUCCUCCCGGCGCUCUAUCUUUGGUGCGAGCACGCGACCGGCUCGCUGGGGUCGUGGCGGCUCAGACGAUGACGAUGACCAUCACGAUCAUGACCGCAAAGCGUUCGUGCCGGGCACUGCUUCAUCUCGAAGUCGAGCCGAAUCGCGACCGUCGUCCUUCCCGGCGGCUGCGCGCGAGCGAAGGCACCGUGCUGCAGAGGCUGCCAACCCAACAACCGGCUUUUGGAGCAUGUUUCCGAACGUGAGCAAGCGAGACCGAAUUCUCAUCAUGAUUGCCCUCGCCAUGUUGCUGGGACGACUGGUGCACUUUAUCAUUCUCUUGCCGAUCGUGCGAACGCCAGAGCUCGUCCCAGAGUACAAUCUUGUCACUCUGCGCGAGUGGGAUCGAUCGUCCAGCGCUGCUCCACACGAGUACCAAACCAAGAGGCGGGUUCGCUUUGCCUCGCCUUCUGCUGCGUUGUCCGCCAUGACUGGGAGACAUCCCCGUGAUGUCGAAGCACUAGCAGCCUUGGUUUGGAACGCGACCAUCUUCAUGACAGAUCGGCCUCAUCCCAUCGUCAUUCGCGAGUCCGGCACCAAUCAAUGGGCGGCGUUGGAUACAUGGUCGGUUGACUCCAUCGUCCACGACCGAAACGACAUGCUUGACGCCGUGUGUAGUGCCACCAAUCCGCGUGUGCCCGUGCCCUCUUUCAACCCUCCUGCAAUCCACUCGGAACGACUCACAGCCGCCGCUGUCCGACAAGCGUUUGCGACGGCACGGUCGUCUUCCUUUGCCCCUCUGGCGUUGCAAGCGUCCUUUUCCGACAAGGUGCCGCGCAAAGCACUCUUGCCGCAGAAGGCCGGACCCGACGCGCACAAUCAGUACAGCGACUCUCACCAAGCCGCACCCUCCAGCGGCGAAUCAAAGUACUGCAUCGUGCAAGGGUCUCCUGAAACAGUUUUCGGUCGGGAGCGAGCUGCUGACAUUUACUUGGGCGAUCUUGUCCCGCCCGAGAACAACGCUCGUGUUGUCGCCCUUCCCACGGUCUCUGUCAUUCCACACGGCGUCGCCCUGCCUGGACAGGUUGCAUUCGACCCCACCUUCCACGUUCAAAUCCAGGGCUACAGCGUUGCCACUAUUUAUGCAGGGGCGCAGCUGGCCGCCGCGCAUCCAGUCUCUUUCCUGCAUCCGAAUUACGGCUCGGUACAAGUGCCACUUGGCCCUGAGCUUUCGGGACCAAUGCUCCAACCGGAAGGAGAGGCAUCUUCCUCCGAGCACUCAGGGCCCGUUGGGCUACCGCCCUACCCAGCCGAAAAAGUCUCCGGUGCCGUCUUCCCGACAGCCGAGGCGCUUCGGCAAACCCAGGUCUACCUGGCACCAGGAGAUGUUGUGUUUGUUCCUGCGCAUUGGAUCUAUACCAUCACUCCGGCCCCAUCCCCGAGCUUGCGCACGCAUGCAUCGUCCAAACAAGAAGCGCCCUCCAACGGUUACAGCGACCCAGCGACCUACAGCUCAGCCACCACCUCAAUUGUACUCAGCGUCGGGCUGCAUUCACCGCAACAUGACCGAACUCUGAAGGCCAUCUACGCCCCCGACGAUCUUCCGCUUGGCAACAUUACCAAUGCACUCUUUUCGCCGCACAUUCCCGCAGAAUCGUUCACUUCCAAAGACCGCCUCACUCUCGAGAGCCUACAAAACCCAGUCUUCAGCUGGCGAGGCGUACUGGAAGUAGAGUUUUUCUUGGAUCAAGUGUAUCGCGCAGUCACCACCCGUCCGCAACUCGCCAACCCCAUCACAAGUGCCCUGGCCAAGUCGCGAUACGCGCCAGGAGCCCAUUUCUACCAAGCCAUGGCGGGUCACCCCAUCGCCUCCAUCAAGCGUCAGUGUGCGAUAUUCUCCCAUUUUAUGCGCCUGCCGGAGGACAAGAAGACCACUCUGCGCCGUGACUUGCAGCGCGCCCACUCCCGAAAGUACACAAACAUGGAUGACAUGGCGACAUCCGCUUCGCUAGAUCUGUCGGAGCCGUUUUCACUCGACAUUGUGACAAAACGUCGUCUCAUUGAUGCCGCGAGCGUCUACGGCGACGCCCUCUCCGAGCUGCCGGGUCCUAUGCUCCAGCUGCACUUGCACAACUUUUUCGAGCAUGUGCUGGCGCGCGCUGUUGGUGCGGAGAAUGUCGGCGUUGUCCUGCUGUGGUGCCUCAGCCGGUCUUAGGGCAGAGGGUCUGCCACAAAUGUUGGGGUUUUGUCAAAGCACACAAACGCACAUGAAUCAUAUUGUCACAAAUAAGAGCGAUAACAAGCAUAAAAAAUCAAAAAUCGAUAAUAAGACAUGG